GCCUCGCCGCCCGGCCUCAACCCGGCGCCUCCCGGGGGAGCGGCGCGCCGGCGAGCGCGCAGGCCCGGCCAUGACCGACUUCAAGCUGGGCAUCGUGCGGCUCGGCCGGGUGGCCGGCAAGACCAAGUACACGCUGAUCGAUGAACAAGAUAUCCCCCUGGUGGAGAGCUACUCCUUCGAGGCUCGGAUGGAAGUAGAUGCAGAUGGAAAUGGUGCUAAGAUAUUCGCUUAUGCCUUUGACAAGAAUCGAGGACGGGGCUCUGGACGGCUGCUGCAUGAGCUGCUGUGGGAGCGGCACAGGGGUGGUGUUGCCCCCGGCUUCCAGGUGGUGCAUCUCAAUGCUGUGACUGUGGACAACCGGCUGGACAACCUGCAGCUGGUGCCCUGGGGCUGGCGACCCAAGGCCGAGGAGCUUUCCAGCAAGCAGAGGGAGCAGAGCUUGUACUGGCUGGCAAUUCAGCAGCUCCCCAUGGACCCCAUUGAGGAGCAGUUCCCCGUCCUGAACGUCACCCGGUACUACAAUGCCAAUGGGGAUGUGGUGGAGGAGGAGGAAAAUUCCUGCACCUAUUAUGAGUGCCACUACCCUCCCUGCACCAUGAUCGAGAAGCAGCUCCGGGAGUUCAACAUCUGUGGGCGGUGCCAGGUGGCCCGCUACUGUGGCUCACAGUGCCAGCAGAAGGACUGGCCCGCCCACAAGAAGCACUGCCGCGAGAAAAAGCGCCCUUUCCAGCAUGAGCUCGAGCCUGAGCGGUGACCGUGCAGCCCACGCCCCACCGCAGCUGGACCCAGGAUUGGAGCUGGGCCCUUCUCAGGCACAGUGGACACACACUGGUGGUUGGACCCAUGGGCGCCAUGCAGCCCAGUGAUGCGCCCACAGCCACAGAGACCAGCUUGGCCAGCAUCCCUUGUGUGGGCGCCUCCAGUGCUACUCACUCUGAGACAGUGGGAGGCCGGCAAGGACGUUGUCAUUAUUUAUAUGUUAAUAUGUUUGUAAACUCGAUGUACAGUUUUUUGGGGGGGAGGCAGUGGGAGGAUUAGAAAUCACAAAUAGAAUCGUUUGCUGUGAUACUCAAA